AUGGAACGAAGGGAGAUGUGGGAGAGGUUGGAGCUUUUCUCGAGGACUAACUCUUUACCUUGGGCUGUGGGAGGGGAUUUUAAUGCGGUGAUGUCGCCCCUCGAGAAGGCGGGUGGAAGGCCGGUGUGCUCGGCUUCGAUUGAGGAGUUUGGGAGUAGCUCCGGGCUUAUUGAUGUAGGGACUGUGUCGGGGGCGGAUAACGCUGCCCUGCUUCUCACCCCGUCUCUUGAGGAGGUAAAGGAGGCGGUUUUUGCUUUAUCCUGUGAUAGUGCACCAGGCCCGGACGGUUUUUCAGGGCACUUCUUUACUGCUUGUUGGGAGACUGGCAGGGCUGCUUCCGUCCUUAGUGUCGGAGGAGUAGGGUGCUUUUGUGCAGGCAGGUGUAUCCACGACAACAUUGCUAUUGUGCAGGAGGUUGCUCAUGACCUGAACAGAAAGGCUAGAGGGGGUAAUGUCAUCCUCAAGCUUGACAUGGCCAAAGCUUAUGACCGGAUGGAAUGGGAUUUCCUCUGGCGGGGGAGUCAGACAUCCCCAGCCUUAUUUAUUCUAGCAGAGGAGGUUCUGAGCAGGGGCAUCAGGAAAUUAUUUGAGGAGGGACAUGCGUCUUAUUACAGGCUUCCGAGGGGGUGCCCAGGGAUCUCACAUUGCUUGUAUGCUGAUGAUACUAUUAUCUUCACUAGGGGUUUGAGGGGUUCGCUCAAACAGAUUAUGGGUCUUCUUUGUAGAUACGAGGGGUCUUCGGGGCAGCUGGUUAACUGGCAGAAGAGUUGCUUCGUUGUCGGGGCAAGAGCUUCGAUGGCUAAGGCCCUCAUGGUUGGUGCGGUCACGGGGUUCCUUAGAAGGUCCCUUCCAAUCACUUAUUUGGGGGCCCCUCUCCACUCUGGUAGGGUCAGAAUUGAUCUCUUUAACAGCAUGGUGGCGAAGAUUAGGAACAGAGUGGCAGGUUGGAUGGGCAGGCUGCUGUCCUAUGGAGGUCGUGUCACGUUGUUAAAGCACGUCCUGGCGUCGAUGCCAAUCCAUGUACUCACGACUCUGGACCAGCCCCAAGAUGUUAUACGGAGGGUAUAUGGCAUCUUUGCAGAUUUCCUAUGGGGAAACUCAGAAUGGGGGAAGCGCAGACACUGGGUAUGUUGGAAUAAGAUCUGUAGGCCGGUUGAGGAGGGGGGACUUGGUGUUAGGCGACUAGAGGAUGUUGGUUUAUCUCUCAGACUCAAAGGAUUCUGGAGGGUGCUUGCAGACCAAUCUCUGUGGAGUACGUUUUUCAGGGCCAAGCUCUUCAGGAAUCUCCAUGUCUCUUUGGCUGGUCCUCUAAGAGCGGCCUCCAAAUCUUGGCGUUCUACGUUGUCCUAUAAGGAGUUCAUGUUGGACAAAUCACGGUGGCUGUUGGGCCGUGGCAGGGUUUCUUUCUAG